GUGAUAAAAAUAUUGGUAGAUCAAACUUUAGUAAACAUAUGUCGACCUGCAACUGCCAUAAUCAUAAAACUAGUCACUGCUGAUAAAAACUCCACUACUUCUCCAAUACGGUCUUAUGGUUUUGAUGUAUUACAUGAAGCGAUAUUGCUUCAACCCAAUUGUCUACCUACUUUAGUGCAACGCUUUGCUUCGGCUGACUAUGUGUUACGUUCAAACAGUUUAUGUUUAAUUAAUGCCCUUAUGAGACAUGUUACUGAUCAGUAUUGGGAAUCAUUUAUGGACAUGUUGGACAGGCUGAAUGUUAGAAAAGCCGUUGCUCUUUUGAUGAAUGGUGUUCAUGGGGAAGAAUUAUCAAAACAUUUAUUAGAAUUCCAAUCAUUGUUUGUUCGUCAAGCAUAUAGAUGGAAAAGGACACAAGUGUCGUUACAUAUUCCAUCCCAUAAAGUUAUGUUGGAAGGAAUUUGGAAAUCAGCAAAUUUAUCUGAUGAAGGUGGCAAAUGGAGAAAAGUCGGUUUUGCGACGGAAGCGCCAAAAUGGGAAAUUCAACGUGUCGGAUAUUUAGGACUUGAGAAUAUGCAUGGUUUUAUGAAAAAAAACCCAGAUGAAUAUCAAAAAACGAUAUUAGAACAGAUCAAUCGGCCUGCCGAACGUCGAUGUCCGUUUGCGAAAACAUCUAUCGAAGUCACAGAAUUACUAUGUGAUUAUUGGGACAUUAGCACAGGAUGUAAGAAGUAUUUUCAUACAACAUCGACGUCAUUUCAACCUUUAUUGUUAUCGUUUGAAAAAAUCCAUUAUAUAACUGUAAAGGCAUUUUUUCGACUAUGGAAUGAUAUGGAAGCGACAGUUGAUGAUUUUCCCAAGGUAUCUGCGUUGGUACGAAGUCAAUUAAAAUUUGCGCUACGUGACGAAGCGACCAAACAACUUUAUGAAUUUGAAAAUGACAUGUUGAAAGUUGAAUAUAAAAUUAUUAGAGAUAGACAAUUAAAAGAAUUAGAACUUGGUGACGAUUUAUUAAGUAAAACACCUGUCAGAAAUCUACGAGGACAAUUGUAUACGGAAUCUUAUGAAUUCGUCAAGCAACAACGUAUUAAAUGUCUGCUAUUCGGUGAUUGGUUUCCAAUGAUAACACCAGCAAAUAUUCCAACAAAUCAACAAAAUUUAGGUAGAAGAUCUAUAUACAAUAAAAAGUGGAGAUUUUAUAGGCUCAGUCCAAAUUUAAAAUUUCUUCAUUAUAGUGAUUUUACUGAAAAAACUUUUAUAAGAGAUGGUGUGGAAGAGUUACCCGAAAGAAUUGAUUUAUCUCUAGUAACGGAUGUGAUGACGGGUUUAACACCACAACUAUCAACAAACACAGGUUCGCCAACAAGAAAAUCUGUAGGUUCUUCACAGGAUCUAAUGUUCUCUUUAAUGUCUGGACCUGAUACUGUACUAGCAGAUUUUAUGGCAUCAGAUUAUGUACAAUUCUCUGAAUGGACGGAUGGAUUGAAUAUGUUAUUUGAUAAAAAUAUUGGAAGCAGAGAUACAGCAGAAUUCAUACAUAUAUUGACAGAAAUUGGAGUAAAGGUCAAAUUAUUGGAUUUGAGCGGUGAGGGGGUUGAAAUACCACAGAGUGUUGAAGUACCAAGGGAGUUACCCGUUGUUGAAAACGGAUUUUAUUAUGAUGAUCCUUUUUCUUAG